CAGCAGCAUUUCUCCAUUAGCACUCCCCAGCAGCAUUUCCCCAUUAGCACUCCCCAGCAGCAGCCUCACGUGGGCUGCCCACGCCGGCGGCCGGAGCCGCUUCCUGCCUGGCACAGGGACGAGCCCAUGGCUGGCAGCGGGCAGCUGGAGCGCUGGCUCAAUGAGGCCACUGACCCGAGUACGUCAGAGGAAAACUGGGACUGCAUCCAGCGGUUCUGCGCCCAGGUGAACGCUGGCACGGAGGGCCCGUGGUUUGCGCUGAGGCUGCUGGCACACAAAAUCCAGUCCCCUCAGGAGAGGGAAGCUCUCCAUGCUCUCACAGUGCUGGAGACCUGUGUGAACAACUGUGGUGACAGAUUUCACAGUGAAAUGGCAAAAUUCAGGUUUCUGAAUGAGCUGAUUAAAGUGCUUUCCCCAAAGUACUAUGGAAUUUGGUCUUCAGAAAGAGUCAAGUCAAGGGUCACAGAAGUGAUAUUCAGUUGGACAGUCUGGUUUCCUCAGGAAGUCAAAAUCCAGGAUGCUUAUCAGAUGCUGAAGAAACAAGGGAUUGUAAAAGAAGAUCCCAAACUGCCAGAAGACAAAAUUUUACCUCCCCCUUCCCCAAGACCUCAGAAUUCUAUUUUUGACACAGAUGAAGAGAAGUCCAAGCUUCUGGCCAGGCUCCUGAAGAGCAGCCACCCCGAGGACCUGCAGGCAGCCAACCGCCUGAUCCAGAGCAUCGUCAGAGAGGAGCAAGAAAAGUCAGCUCAGGUGUCCCAAAGAGUGAACACCAUCAGUGAGGUUUCUGAGAAUGUCAAACGUAUGGAUGAGCUACUGGAGAGCUACAGGAGACAUGAAUUAUCCCCAGCUGACCAGGAGACUCUACAGGCUCUGUCCCAGCGCUGUGAGAAGCUCAGGCCGCUGCUCUUCCGCCUGGCCAGCGAGGCGGUGGCUGACGAGGAGGCUCUGGCUGAGAUCCUGCAGGCCAGUGACAAGCUCUCACGGGCGCUGGGGCAGCACAGGCAGGUUGUGGCCAGCCAGGAGAACGGGGAUGGAGCAGGUUCAGCUGCCAGCUCUGCCCGUGCACCAGCGUGCCGAGCAGCCCCGCGGCGCACGAGGAGCUACACCCUGAUCGACUUCUCCGAGCUGGAGGCCAUGGCCCAGGCCCCCCCAGAGCUCUCUGCAGACUCACCCUCAUGCUCCCGUGGCAGCACAACCUCCACCUGCCUGCUUGAGGAGGAGUUCUGGUCCUUAGGUCUCAGCAGCUCCCCUGUCAUACAGAAACCACCCCCUGAUUUUGGCCUAGCAGAGGCGAGCGAUGCUCAGCCUGCUGUGCACAAUGGAUUUAGGGGAGGUGUAAGUGCUGUUCAAACCCAGGCACCACAGGAGGGCUGGGAAGACAGCUGUGCAGGGAAGAGUGAAUUCCAGAGCCUGGAUGAACAGCUCUCUCCACCAUCCAAGACCAAGACAUUCUCUUUGGAUUUAUCACCAAUGAAAUUGCCCUUUCCAGAUCUUCCCAAUAACUCAGUGGCAGAUCCUCCACUCCUCAGCCCAGGCUAUGAUCUGAAGCCUGCUGCCUCUUUGCAUGCAGCUUCCUAUGAUGCUUCUCUAGAAAACCUUUUUGUGCCUUUAAUUUCAGUUACACCAAGCACUAUCUGCCCACUCACUGUGUAUGACAGGAAUGGUUUCAAGGCCAUGCUGCACUUCUCCAGAGACCCGGCUCCCGGCCGACCAGACGUGCUGGUGAUGGUUCUGUCCAUGCUGAGCACCUCAGCGCACCCCAUUAAGGACAUAGUGUUCCAGGCUGCAGUCCCAAAGACCAUGCAAAUAAAGUUACAGCCAGCCUCUGGUUGUGAGCUGCCAGCCUUCAACCCUCUCCUCCCGCCCGCAGUGCUGUCCCGGGUGCUGCUGCUUGCCAACCCACACAAGGAUCCCGUCCGGCUGAGGUACAGACUGAUGUUCACGCAGGGCGUGCAGCCCUUCUGUGAGGUGGGAGAGGUGACUGGCUUUCCAGAAGCAGAGCUCUGGGGCAGGAGCUGCAGUCCAGCUGGCUCGGGCACUGCCGUGUUUUUAGAUCGGGAGCGAGUGGGGACCAGCAGCGCUCCGUGAGGGCCGCAUUUCUGGGGAUCUGCCACCUCCUUCUUCCUCUUCGUGCCGGCAGGAGUGCGGACCGGCUGCUGCCCAGCCUUGCCCUGUGGCCCAGCGGCUUUACAGGAGCCUCCUGCUUGUGCCACGCACAGCUGCCGCUGCUUGUGGGCCACCGCACUUUACUUCUGAAUUAAAAAGCACAGUGAAUCGCA